AUGGUUACAAAAUUCAAUUUGAAUGAUAACGAGUGGUUAGGGGUAUUAUACCGUGAGCGACAUAGGUGGAUUCCUGCCUAUGUUAAAGACAUAUUUUGGGCUGGCAUGUCAACUACCGGUAGAAGUGAGAGCAUGAAUGCAUUUUUUGAUGGAUAUGUGAACUCGAAGACUACCUUGAAGCAAUUUGUUAAGCAAUAUGACAAUGCCUUGAGAAGUAAGGUGGAAAAGAAGACAAAAGCAGAUUUCAAAUCUCGUAACCAAUUGUAUGAUUGUCUAACGGUGUAUCAUUUUGAGAAGCAAUUUCGUGCAGCGUACACAAAUGCGAAAUUUAAAGAAGUUCAAGCAAAAAUGAAGCGUUUAGUGUAUUGUCGUCCGAAUCUUGCAAAAGAGGAGGGAUCAAUUUGUACGUAUCAUGUGAGGGAGGCUAUUCUUUUGGGUGAGGGUAUGAAGAAAGUAGAAUUUAUCGUGUAUUGUAAUUCAACAGAAUGUGAGCUCCAAUGUAUGUGUCGGUUGUUUGAGUUUAGAGGCAUUAUGUGUGCCCAUUCACUUAGUGUGCUCAUUGAGAGGUCCAUAUAUGAGGUGCCACAUAAAUACAUUGUCUCGAGAUGGAGAAAAGAUUUGGAACGAGGGUAUACAUGCAUUCCAACCACAUAUACUAACUUCGGGGCUACUAUAAAUCCAAAGUUGCAUGAUUCCUAUCACAAGACGUUAGAUGAGAUCCUAGAACUUGCCACCAAUGACGAUGGUAAACACAAAGUGAUUCAACUUGGGUUGAGGGAAAUCAAGGAUCGAGUGAAAACUAUUGAAUCGGGUACUGCGA